AUGUCCUUCUCAGGCCCUUCCCAAAAAAACAACAGAAGGUCUUUUGCAUUUGAAUCUCUUCUAAUGCCUCAAGUUCCUCGUACCAAUUACUUGCAUUUUCAGGAAGAGAAGCAAAGACUACAGAUGAAGAAAUUUCUUCUUCAUAGGAUGUUUUUAGUGGCCAAGAUAACACCAAACACAGAAAAAAAGGCUAUUGCUAAAUACUAUGAACAAGUGUUUCAGUCCAUUCUGAAGUGUCACCUAGGAGAAGCAGUGACAGGACUGUUGCUCAUAUACCCAACUUCCAUGGUGCAUAUCCUUGAGUCUUCCAAUGAUACUCUUUACCAAAUUCUUUUAGAUUAUCUAAACCAUAAAAAGAAUGAAACGGACUUUUUCAUCCAAGAAAUGAAAAUUAUAGUUGUGUCCCAUAACAUCCCAACAAGGCUGUUUAUGCAAUGGCAUGUUUCAGUAAUAAAAGGGCCAGUCAUGUAUCUUGAUGAUGUGACCCAGUCACAGUCCCUAGAAGAGGUCAUCACAGAGUUUCUCACCCAACUCCAUAAACUGGCACUCCACCUUUUUAAAACGGUUAAAGUGGGAACUAAAGGACCAGGUGAUAACUUGCACCAACUCAUACCUGAAUUACUCCUCCCAGAACAAACUGUACAGUACUUCUGCAGAUCUGAAGAAUUAAUGGACCCAGAAACUUUCAUAAACAUGUACAAUAAGCCUGUACAUGUGACUUUGGAUUCUGAGGUGGUAUGGCCCACUCCUUCCCGCUUCUAG